AUGAACAGAAUGGCCCCAGAAAAUCCCAAGCCAUACCCUUUUGUCAACAUGGAUGAUCCUAGCAUGAACUUGAUACCACAGAAUCCAGCUGAUCCCACAAUCUGGAGGAAGCGUCAAGAACGUACUUUAUUCACCCACAAACAGCAUGAAGAGUUGGAGGCUCUGUUUAGCCACACCAUGUUCCCAGAUAAAAACCUCUGCAUGGAACUGGCUUUGAAGUUCAACGUACAGGAGUCAAAAGUGAAGGUUUGGUUCAGGAAUCAGCGUUUUAAAAUGAGGAAGCAGCAGCAGCAACAUCAGCAAUCACUAAAGAAACCAAGGCAGAUUACUCCAGCCAAGAAGAAUGUGUCCACUUCACCGAGGGCAUCCACCAAUCCUUAUUCUUUUUCUCCUAUGGUUUCAGAUUGCUAUAGCUCCCUUCCACCCCAGCCCUUAGGUGCUUCCAAUUGGGCACAGGACUCUGUCUUUACCUGGAAUCCCACAAGUGAUGUCCAAAUGCAGGAGCCACAGUUAGAGAGGCUGGUAGCUUCAGUUCCUGCUUUAUACUCUGAUGCCUAUGACAUAGCCCAAAUCAUGGAACUGUAUAGUUUUCCUGACGAGGAUGUGACAUCCAUCUGUUCCUUCAGCUGUCUGUAUCAGUAUCUCUCACCCACAAGGCCCCAGCUGGAAAGACGGGGUCCUGCUCUCAGCAUCUUUGCUGAUCCAGCUGUAGGUCUAUCUCCUGGGGAGACCUGGUCCAGUAUGACAAACACAGGCUUCGUAGCUGACAGUCUAAGAGACAGUCUGGAAUUCCAGAACCCCUCUAGUAUGGUAGAUUCUAGAUUUCAAUGA